ACUCACUGCCUCCUUUGUUUAAGAAGCUGUGAAGGAAGAGCACUCAGCCUCGUUUUCAUUCUUCCUGUUAUUUUUGAACUGUUUGGCAGUUAACUCCCCACCAUGCCUGAACCCUCCAAGUCUGCUCCGGCCCCGAAGAAGGGCUCCAAGAAGGCGGUGACCAAGGCUCAGAAGAAGGACGGCAAGAAGCGCAAGCGCAGCCGCAAGGAGAGCUACUCCGUGUACGUGUACAAGGUGCUGAAGCAGGUCCACCCGGACACCGGCAUCUCGUCCAAGGCCAUGGGCAUCAUGAACUCGUUCGUUAACGACAUCUUCGAGCGCAUCGCGGGCGAGGCGUCGCGCCUGGCGCAUUACAACAAGCGCUCGACCAUCACCUCCAGGGAGAUCCAGACGGCCGUACGCCUGCUGCUGCCCGGCGAGCUGGCCAAGCACGCCGUGUCCGAGGGCACCAAGGCUGUCACCAAGUACACCAGCUCCAAAUGAGCCAGGCCGCAGCGGAGCGAGCGAACUACAUCCAUCACUUUGUGCUUGAGAGGGAUCCUUCUGAAGUCAUCAGAACAAUUAACCUCAUCAGAGUACUCAGAAUGACAUCUACUAUGGAUUCUCCGCUUCUGGCAUCCUGACAAUCCUCUGAUACAUUUUUGUUGGAUCCAAAAUCUUGGUGGAGGGAAAUCCCUGAACAACAUCCUGACUUCUUAAGGUGGGAUGCUUAUCUCCUUAGGCUACAUCAGACUGUAGUUGUUGCUUACUUCAAGCCUAGUGUUAAAUUUUCACAGUGACCACACCAUGAAACAUAGACCUCUACAAACCACAAACCAUGACUUUCAAUAAUUUUUCGGUUGUAAUUUGGUGGAGUUAAGAAAUAUAGAAGAAUAUAUACGAUUCAUCUGCACCGUGCCCUGCUGCUCCAGUGUCCUGGACCUCAGUCCAUCCUAUGUAGGAAGAUGAUAGCCUGCCUUAGAACUUUAAGGCUACUCUCAUUCCAUACCUAUUUUCUAGAUGAACAAACUGAUGCACAGAGAAGGGGAGUAUUUUGUCUAAAUAGCUAGAGGAUCAAUGACAGAAUCAGUUUAUAAACCUCAUUGUAGUGGCCAUCAGUGUACAAAUGAUAGAUUUUGUGGUCUUUUGUUAUCAUCAAACUAAAUUCUUUCAAAACAAAUGGAGAUGACCCAUUCAUAUUUGUUUUAAUAGUGAAAAAGAUGCCAUUCUUUAUUUGAAAAAAAAAAAAGUUUCUCCCUCUUUUUCCCAAGAACAGGAAAAAAAAAAAAAAAGGCAAUUUUUUUUUUUUUCCUUGGAGAAUACUGGUCAGAUUCUCUUUGGAGGGUCCUAUAGCUCUACCCUAUCAUCAUCGUACAAUUAACAACUUUCGCCUUUCCUGUGGGAAACAAGCCUGUAUAGCAAAGUCUGCCUGUUGAUUAUAGUACUGAAAUUAAGACAAACUAAACUCCGUCUGUAACUUUUCCAGAAGACAGUGUUUGAAAAUUGCAACUUAUACUCACACAAUGCUUGCAGACACCCUGUAUUUCAAUUGUUGGAAAUAUGUGCCACCAAGGAGCAGAGAGAAACCUGCCCACUGAAAUUGCGCCACGUGAAACAUGGAGUUGUUGUUAUAUCUCUUAUCUGACCAUUAUUUCUGCCUUGAAAGCAGUAAUGAAAUAGACAAGAAGAGGCCUCUCCCUGAAGCAGCAGCCCCCCUGGGAAGACCCGUUAUACUCAUUCUCCCAAAGGGUCAGCAAUCCAGGUUUGCCCAAGUGAAAGGCUAAAGUAUCACUGUGGAUGAGACCUGAAUGCUGUUUAAUUAUUUGCAAUAGAUACAAUGUAGUUAUUUUUAAAGUUGACAUUUAAACAUUAACCUAUCCUUAUUCUUAGUUUCUUUUGUCCUCCUCAU